GAGGCCGAGCUGCAGUGCAGCAUAUGCUCGGAGCUGUUCGUGCGCGCCACCACCCUCGGCUGCUCGCACAGCUUCUGCCGCUACUGCAUCCGCAAGUGGACCGCCAAUAAGAGGGAGUGCCCCAUCUGCAGAGCGGCCAUAACUUCGGAGUGUAGAAGUAUAGUGCUAGACUCGCUGGUCGACAAAAUGGCGGACUCCGCGGACGCUAAGAAAAAACGUCAGGAGCUGGUCAAAGCCAGGGACGAACUGGAGGCUAAGGAACCCACAACGACGGCCAAUCGCGAAAACCAAAACUACCUCUUUGACCCGAACUUUAUCCGCGAUUUCUUGCAAGGCGAGAUAUCUAACUCCGAAUCGAGCUACCGCGGCCGAGAAUCUUCACUGGAACCCGAUUCCGACAUGCUCGUACCCAUGGACACGGACUCGGGGUCGGCGCCCUCUGGCUUUGAUUCCGAUGUGUUCUCGGGCCGCGACGGGAAUGGGGAAUCGGAGUAUGAAGAACCCGAGAAUGAACCCGAGAAUGAAGAGAACUAUGAGGGGUAUUCGGGGGAAAGUGAUCGAGAAAAUGAGGAGAUUUACGAUGAAGCGCCGGAAAACGAGGAAGAAGAGCACGAAGGCAUCUCCGAGAACGAGGGCCACGACGACGAGAAUUAUGUUGAAGGCGAGAACUCUCCGACCGAGAACGAAGAGCAUGACGAGAAUGAUCCGGAAUACAAUGAAGGUGAAGAAUCACCGUCGGAGGAUUACGAUGAAGAACCAGAGAAUUAUGAUGAGGGUGACAAUACAGAACCGGAGAAUUAUGAUGAGGGUGACAAUACAGAACCGGAGAAUUAUGAUGAGGGUGACAAUACAGAACCGGAGAAUUAUGAUGAGGGUGACAAUACAGAACCGGAGAAUUAUGAUGAGGGUGACAAUACAGAACCGGAGAAUUAUGAUGAGGGUGACAAUACAGAACCGGAGAAUUAUGAUGAGGGUGACAAUACAGAGCCAGAGAAUUAUGAUGAGGGCGAGAAUUCAGCUCCAGAGAAUUAUGAUGGUGACAAUACAGAGCCAGAGAAUUAUGAUGAUGGUGAGAACUCGGGUCCUGAAAAUUACGAAGGUGAUUCAGCUCCGGAGAAUUAUGAUGAAGGCGAUUUUUCAGCGCCCGAGUAUGAUGGAGACUCGGGUGAUGGCGGUGACGAUGAUGAUGAUUAUUAUUAA